CAAAAUAUAUGUUUCUGUGACUCAGGAAGUAAAAGCCCUUCGCUGCCAGGGCGUAUGGCUGCUGGAGUUAUGGCGGCCUUCAGAGUGCCAGUUGCUUUUUGGCUCUACCGAGAGGCGUCUCGCAGCGUGGGACUCCUCGGAACCAGACCCUGGCUCCCGCUCUCUCUCUCGCUAGGGGCUGGCGGAUCAGGGCCGUUUUGUCGUCGGGCGGGCUCCAAGGCUAGUAAUUCAUCUUGCUCAGAGACAAAGAAGCUAGAAUUUACAGAUGAAGAAGUUCAAAAUAUACUCAUCAAAAUGACUGGUCUGGAUUUACAGAAAGUUUUUAAGCCAAUUAAACAACAAGUUAAGCCACCAACAUAUAAGUUAAUGACAGAAGACCAACUGGAAGAGGCCACAAGACAUGCCAUUGAGGCCGCUAAAGAACGGUUAAAAAUGCCUCCUGUGCUUAAAGAACGAGAGCCAAUAAAUGAUGUAUUAGCAGAAGAUAAAAUCCUUGAAGGAACUGAAACUGCCAAAUACGUGUUUACUGAUUUAACAUAUAGCAUUCCACAUCGUGAGCGUUUUAUUGUUGUCAGGGAACCAAGUGGUGUUCUAAGAAAAGCUUCCUGGGAAGAACGAGACAGAAUGAUACAGGUGUUUUUUCCAAAAGAAGGUCGUAAGAUUUUUCCACCACUAAUGUUCCAGGAAGAAAACCUUCUGACUUUGUUCAGUCAGGAUCGUCACGAAGAUAUCCUCAAUCUCUGUAUUGCACAGUUUGAGCCAGAUUCAGCUGAGUAUAUUAAAAUUCAUCACCAGACGUAUGAAGAUAUAGAAAAACAUGGUAAAUAUGACCUUUUGCGUUCAACGAGACACUUUGGAGGAAUGGUGUGGUAUCUGGUAAAUCAGAAGAAAAUUGAUGGUUUGCUGAUUCACCAGAUUCAGAGAGAUUUGCUGGAUGAUGCUACAAGUUUGGUCGUUUUGUAUCACAUGCUCCAUCCACAUGGACACUCAGCUGAGCAGGCUAAAGAGCAAGGAGCUGAAGGAGUAGACUUAAUUAAGGUCUUCGCAAAAACAGAAGCACACAAAGGAAGCUAUAUAGAGUUGACUCUACAGGCUUACCAAGAAGCAUUCAGUAGUCAUUCUGCAGCUUCCUAAAGAAAGUACUUAAAUAAAUUAUCUUUUUAUUAAA